AUGAAGCCCGUCUUCAUCGGCGCCGGAAUGCGCGACACCAUCGCCGAGCGCGACGCGAGGAGCGCCGGGGGGAUGGGGGGGGGGGGGGCAAGAGCUGCUGCAGAGGGAGGGCGAGGCUUAUCUCUGUGCCGCCCCGCCCGCAGGAUCCCCGAGGAGGAGGAGGCGAAGGCGAAGCGCGAGGCGCGCGUCGCCGAGCGGGCCGACGAGUCCCGCCAGCUGCUGGUGCAGAUCGUCCAGCAGGAGGAGGCGGGGCCGAGUCAGCCAGUCGACAAGUCAGAGGCGGGGCCGAGUCAGCCAGUCGACAAGUCAGAGUUUGAGGCGCCGCCAGACGACGACGACGAGGCGGAUGAGCUUGAGCAGUUCCAGCGGUGGAAGGUGCGAAAGCUGCGGCCCGUGAAGCGCGAGCGGGAGGAGGCGCGCAAGGAGGAGGCGGACAAGGCGGAGAUCGAGCGGCGGCGCAAGCUGACUGACACGGAGAGAGCGGCGGAGGACGAGGAGUUCAACCAGGGCCGUGCGGGGCACGGGCAGGAGAAGGAGCAGUGGAAGUUCCUGCAGCGGUACUACCACAAGGGCGCCUACUUCCAGGACGAGGACGAGACGGGCAAUGCAAAGAUGGGGCCAGUCAUGUCGCAAGACUUUGGCGCGGCGACCGGGCGCGACGCUGUCGGAGACAAGGCGGCGAUGCCGGCGCCGAUGCAGGUCAAGAACUUCGGCCACCGAGGCGCCGUCAAGUGGACGCACCUCUCCGCCGAGGCUGACGCCCUCUGGGCGGCCGACCGCGGCCUCGCCGGCAAGUACAAGCAGCGGAUGGCCGGCGUCAAGGCGUCGAACGACUUCGAGCGCCCGGCAAAGCGGAAGAAGCCCGCAGGGCUCUGA